AUGUCGACUAGCCCUACCUCCCCUCCGCCGGCCGAUGCCGACAACACCGGUGGCAUCCCAACCCUCUCGGAUGCCGACCUCGCUGCUGCCGAAGCGGCCGCCGCUGCUUCUCCCCUGGCUCCGCGCGCAACGCCCACCCCUGACCUUCCUUCGUCCGGCAACCUGCCCCUCACCACCAGUCCCCUUACCACCAUCCCUCUCGCCGUCCCAGUGACCUCCGCUCCGGCUGAACCCCCCUCCAGUAUCUCCCACAUAGUCGAUUUCAAACUCUCUCUCGACGACGCUAACUUCAUCCGCUGGAGAAACUACUUCAAUCUCAUCUUCGCCCGCUUCCACACCGACGACCACAUCCGCGACGGCUCCGCUGCACGCCUCUCAAACCCGCGCUGGCGUGAUGACGACAACACAAUCGUCCUGUGGUUUUUUGCCACCAUCGUCGGCGAUCUUCUCGACGUCGUCGCACCGGCGGGCUCCACCGCCUACACCAUCUGGCGGCGCCUCCACGAGUACUUCCUGAAGAACGAGGCGGAGCUUGCAAUGCACCUUGGCCAGGAGUUCCGGGCGGCCGUGCGCGGGGACCAGUCGAUCAAUGACUAUUGCCGCCGCCUCCAAGGCCUCGCUGCGGCCCUCGCUGAUGUUCGGGAACCGGUCACCGGCCGUACCCUUACCUUGCAGAUGUUGGACAGCCUCGGCAAGAAAUUCGAGCUCCAAGCGGCGAUCAUCCAGUCCACCGUCCUGCUGCCCACCUUCGCCCAAGCUCGAUCCCGGCUGGUGCUAGCCGAGCUCGCCCUUGACAAGCGGGCGCGCGCCGAGGGCGCGCAGAUCCUCGCUGUCCACUCCGCUGAUGAUCGUGGUGGUGACCGCAACGGCGGCCGCGGCGAUCGUUCUUCUCAAGGCGGGGGUGACCGCGGCCCUCCUGGCGGUGGUGGAGCUGGCCGCGGCGGUGACCGCGCUGCUCUUGGCGGAAACCGUGGUGGUGGCCGCGGCGUGCGUGGCCGUGGUCGCGGUGACGCUCCCGGCGGUGGCCGGGGCACCCAGCAACCCUGGCUGGGGUAUUUCGCGCCCAUGGGCAUGCCCUUCCCCCCACCGCGUGCUCCUUGGAUCCCGCCGAACUCGGCCGGCGUCCUUGGCCCCCGCCCCGGCGCGCCCACGCACGCCUACCCCGUGAUGCAGCCUUCUGCUCCGCCUGUGCCCUACUCCACGCCGUACUCAUGGGACGCCUCGGCGAUGUUCCACUCUGCGCCAAGCUACGGGGCGGCUUUCCCUGCUCAAGCCGAGUGGAUUAUGGACACGGGCGCAUCAUCCCAUGUCACUGGGGACCCAGGUGUUAAUGUGGUGACGGGCAAGUGGAUCUUCCGGCAUAAGCUUCAUCCCGAUGGCUCCUUGGCGCGUUAA